AUGGUAUGUUUUAAGCAACUAUUGGGUUGGGAAGAUUUGUUUGGAGAAAGAGUUGAGUUAUGUGGAGCAAUAACUCAACGACAAAUGGGUGACAAUGAUUAUGGUGAACCGUGGACCGAGCUCAAUUUAGAGGUGAUGUCUAAACAUUGGCAUCUCAAUUUAAUUCCACUUGCAAUGCGAUUUCAGAUAAUCACCCAAAAUCUUCAGUUGAAUAGUUCAUGUAAUGCUGUCUUACAAGCCGCAAAUAAACAAAUCUUCUUAGAGGACUGUAUAGCAGCGCAUAUGUUUUUACCUUUGGAAGCAUUUCAUUUUGGCAGCUUAUUCAAAGGACGAUUUUUAUCACAUUUUUCUCGUGCAGCAUAUGUGGGAACACCAUUGGAGCAGUUCCAUAGUUUACAAGUUUUACGCUUUUUGCGAAAUUGUCCAACAGUUGUUGAUCCGAUGUUUGUUGAUUUCGAGCAUGAUCGUGAUAUGUUUAUCGUUCGAUUUGCUAUUUUAGACGGUGGAUUCCGGUCAAAAAAUAAUGAAAACGGUAAAAUUUCAAAUCCUUCCUUUAUUCCUGGUUCAGCAGUUGCCUUGAAGGUACGAUAUGCUUCAAUCCGUCGUAUCCUGGUUGAUUUACGAGCCAAAUUACCGAAUGGUACAUACGGCAGGCGGAUCUAUUUUCAUUUAAAUUAUCCACCUGAAAUACGAAAGUAUCAGAGAAAAGUCGAUGAAGAUGAGGAUAAAGGAGGUAGUGAUGGAAAUCGGUGGAGGAGUAUUCCAGAAAAUAAUGAUGACAGAAGAGACAACUGUGCAGCUAUCAAUGAAAGUCCAUAUUUCUGUUUGCAAUUACGACAACAUAUUCCAAAUCAUAUCUUGUAUGAGUUACUUAGCCGGCUUCGUGUACGAGCAGUAUUAUCGAUCGAAUUUGCAAAUUUAGCAUUUCGAUAUUUCAGCUCGUUAGAUUAUGUGGAUACACCUGUACGUUUCAUUGGAUGCGAUCAUCGUCCAUAUGCAUGUGAUGAUGUUAUUGUUGGUAAUGAACGAAUCUAUGAACCACCAUUUCCACGUGUUGAUGCUCAAUGUGAACGGAAGAUUAGAGAAUGUGAUGUAUUUGGCUUAGAAUAUUUAAUUGCUGCAUUGCUUUCACGUGGUGCCGUUGUAAAAGAUCAAAUUUUGAUAGAUAAUAAAACGCGUGAUGCCUUUAUUGAUAUGAUUUUGCAAAGAUUUAAGGAUAAUGAAGAGCUAACAUUAGAAGCGUUGGAACGAUUGAUAAAUAUGAUUGAUGAAACCAAAGAAGUGCCAUGUUUAUUUACAUCAUUUCAAAAAAUUCGAAAUAGUCUAUUAGGACAAAAAGAUGUUUUGGAAGAAAUUUACCAAGAGAAUAAGCGUGAAGGCUAUCAACGUGUGCGAAAGGUAGUGAUAACGCCAACUCGAGUACUGCUUGUUGUACCCGAAUUAUUAAUGGGAAAUCGAGUACUUCGAACAUUUGAUAAAGAUGGGAAUGGUGCAUUACGGAUACAAUUUCGAGAUGAUGAUGGUACACCGUUAAGGCUAAAUACUACUGGUCUCUUUUUAAUACAAACAACAACUUUUAAUACACUUUCACGUGGUAUUUAUAUUGGAGGUAUUUUUCUUUAUUUCGUUUAA